AUGAAUACAAAUGGCCAUUCCAGAUUUUCGAUCGUUUACACGAAAAGCGAAUCAGGAUUGGGCGUAUAUUCAGAAUUUAAAUCCAUGAUACGAGACUUGAAACUAGAAAUUGACAGUGAAUAUUCAUUCUACAUUGGUGACAAUCUCAAUGCUGACCUCAUUGCAGCCACGUUAUCCAAUCACGCAAAUCCUCAAGCAGUACUACUUGCCAUCCCAGACAUUCCAGAUUCAUUUGAUAUUUACAAGACUCUUAUUGACAGCGUGGCUCGUAUUCAAAAAAGAGAUGAAAUUUCUCUCUGUAUCAUUUACUGGGAUUCUAUUUCUUGGGAACACAAUCUUGCCACAUUUAUGAAAUCUCUCCGUUCGAGCACAACCCUCAAAUUUAACAUUGUGCAACGAUUUCCAUUGGUGAGUGCCAAUCAUCCACUGGUUGCAGCAUACAAUAAUUUUAUGUCCACCUUCCAACCCAAUACUCAAGUGAAAACCAAAGCUGCCAUCGAAGGUUUCUUGACUAUGAGUUUCCUUUUCGAAGUUCUUGACAAUAUUGCUCCAUCGUUGCCAAUCACUGGAGCAAAUAUCUUGCAAACCAUGUACACAAAUGGAGAUUUUCUCAAAUACACCAUUCCAUUCGGCACUCUCAAAAAGUUAUCCAUUGACUCUGGUUGUAAUUUGGCCAUGCGUUCCUCCUAUGUGUACACAUUUGACAACCAAACAUCUAGCUUUAGUUUGGCUCGAACUCAUAGUUUUGAUAAGGCCAACUGUGGAAUUGAUUCUCUCUCAAAAGAAACAUCAUUUUCUCAACCAAUUAUAUUUGGUCGAUUAUUGCCCAAUGUCGACAAUGCUGAUAAUGAUUUUGAAUAUGGUGUCACGUCCAUGUUCACGAGUGUCAAAGACAAGGGCACCUUAUCACAAACAACUUUGCAUGUUUAUACAGAAUACUACAGUGAUGAAGACGACAUGCUUGAAAAGGCAACUUCAAUGAUCAACAAAAACAAAGUAUUUGGGUUUUUGGGAUCUCGAAUUUUAUAUAAUGAAGCAAAAUUGAAAGCUCUGCUUGAGGAAAAACGAGUUCUCCUCAUUGGACCUUUAUCUUCACAAAAAGCCCUUAGAGAACCUUAUUCAAGAUUUGUUGUGAAUAUUCGUCCUUCGAUUGUCGAAGAAGUGGUCACCAUGGCAAGAUACAUCAAACAAAAAUCACAAGGAAGCAAACCAUCCAUCAGCAUUGUCUAUGGAAAUGGAAGCUAUUGGGAACAGAAUAAGAAUGAUGUUCUUGAUUUCUUUGAAACAAGUUUAGAGGGUGUCUCUAUUGGAAGUGUCCAGAAAAUUUUCUCAACUACAAAUACGCGACAAAGAAGAAGUACCUAUCAAGAUUUUUCAUCAUUGUCUUUUAAUUUAGUAAUCAUUUUGGCAGAUGCUCAGGAUACACUCUCGUAUUUGAAUCAAUUACCUGAAAGCAAUUCAGCAAUUCUCUAUGGAGUACCUUCAGAAAUUUCCUCAACUGCUCUAUUUUCUCAAAAUAUCAAAAACUCUGCCAUGUCGCAAUUAUUGACUUCCAAUUUUCUUGACAAGUAUUCUUCGGCCAGUAAUACCAAUUUUAUGGCUCGUGACUUUUUGCAAUACUUUACUCAAUAUUAUCCAACCAAAAACACAUCCAUGCUUGCCUAUGAGGGUUUCACAAUUGGAUAUAUGGCAGUGAGUGUCAUGCAAUAUAUGAAACAAGCGAAUAUGCCAAUUACUAACGAAUUAUUUGUGAACACACUUUUUGAAAGAUCAAUUUUUGAAUUGGGAACGAAUGUGUUUGGCCCGUAUGGUGAUUUGUGUACCUCCACCUUUACGAAUGCAUCCUCUGUUACUGUUUCAACGGUUUCAUUUGAGACUUGUGGACUCCAACCCAUAUUGCCCUUAUUAUCCAAUGCUGCCAUUGCAGGUAUUGUUGUGGCUGGCACGUUUACAGCUAUUGGAAUUUGUUGUCUCGUCAUGAUUGGAAUUAUUUGUUCAAAAAAGUCCUCAGGAACCAAACACGCUCCAAAAAGUGGAUACAUUACAUGCGCUUUCACAGAUAUUCAAAAUUCAACCAAGUUAUGGCAACAUGACGAAAAAACAAUGAGAGCUUCAUUAGAAAUUCAUGAUCAAAUUAUGCGAAAGAAUUUGGAGUUGUAUCGUGGUUAUGAAGUGAAAACUAAUGGUGACAGCUUUUUCGUUGCAUUUAAGAGUCCUCAUGAUGCUGUGUUGUGGGCCAUGCAAGUUCAAAUUGAUUUACUAAAUGCAAAGUGGCCUUCUGAAUUGUAUCAUCAAUGGGAUUGUCGUCAGAAAUGGGACAAGAGAACGAAACGAGCGUAUUGGAGUGGUGUUCGUGUGAGAAUUGGAUUGCAUUUUGGUAAAGGAGAUGCAAAAUGGGACAAGACUAUGAAACGUUUUGAUUAUUUUGGUAAUGUCGUAAACAAGGCAGCACGUAUUGAAGCAAUUGCACAUGGUGGACAAGUAUUAAUUUCAGAUGAAUUGUUGCAAGAAACUGCUGACCUUUUUAAUGAUAUCAAGUACAUGGAUGAGCAGUAUGGAUUUCAACAACAAACAGCAUUCCAAAAUAAGCUGAAAGAGAAACCAGAAAUGAAACGUAGAGACAGUGUGGCCAGCAGUAUUCAAAGCUUACAAAUAUCAAGUCUGUUCAAAAAGGUUCCAAAAGUGAAUGCUGAAACAAAUUUAACAGCAAGAGAACUUGGACUUUUCCAAUUGAAGGGUCUUCUUGAAGAAAGUCGAGUAUUUGAAAUCAAAUGUGCAGAAAUUGCGAUGAGACAAUAUCCACCUCUGAGAGUUUCUCAAGACGAACAGCUUACUGAAAUGCCACACAUGAUGAAUGAAUUCACAGAAGAGGAAGAGGAGGAUGGCGACCAAUCGGUCAUUACAGAUGGCAAUACCAAGGAAGUUGAAUAA